AAUAUAAAAUUAAGGAUCUUUACCAAUUAUCAAAACUUAUUCUGACAAAGAGGCAAGAUCAACUGCAAGAUACUGCAUACAUGAAAAUAUCGAAUUGCAUGGUAUAGAGCAUUAGUUAAUGUAACUUCAUGAUACUUAUGUUGAACCACUUUACAAUUGCUUGAGCACCCACAGGUCCCGCCAGUUGGACUGGUACCACAACUAUACCACCCGAUCGCGAGUCCCAUUUUGUCCUCUGUUGAAGGAUGUGUACAUGUUCCUAAUAGUCCUUGUCCAGAGGUGGUUCUUUUUGUUCCAGUCAUAAACUCAAGUUUUUCUCUACAAUUUCGGUAUUCCACGUAUACUAUAAUAUAUAAUGGUCUCCGGUGCUAUAAUAGGUACAUGUAAAGGGUGUAUAAUGUGCUGUGCUGUACUGUGUGGGCAUAUGCGGUAUAUACUUUGCAGGUGCUAUAAGUACUCUGGUGAGGAAGACACUAUAAUGGGUGAUCAUGACCCGCUUUCUACUAGCUACUUCCAGAAACCACAGCUGCAGGCCCCCACACAGCAACUUCGAGGAUGAGCUUGAGUCCUCCUCAGAGUCUGUGUUGGUAGUCAAAGCUCUCAACUCCAGUCCACCACACUCUCAAUCAGUGGAGUGGCAUGCAGCUACAAGAGUUUCCACCAUUCCGAGGCUGAGGCCUAAAGUGUGUGCAUUGUACUAUGCUAGGCUGAUUCUGAGCAGCUGUAGCAACGGGUACAUGGACGCCUACCUACUCAGUGAGAGCAGUCUGUUUGUAUCCAGCAACAGAUUCGUCCUUAAAACCUGCGGCAACACCACCCUCCUCUGUGCAGUGAAGCCGCUCUUUCAGCUGAUCUCAGCCGCGUUCCCUAGCAACAAAGUCACGGCCUUCUUCUACUCUCACCGUAACUUCCAGAAACCACAGCUGCAGCCACACCCACACAGCAGCUUCGAGGACGAGGUUCGAUAUUUGGAUAGAAUCUUCAAAGUGCCUGUCCACUCUCGCUCAAUGGAUGCGGGCUCUACACAACCAAACAGCCUCCGCCUAUGUAUACAAGAAAGCACCUAAAGGUGCUGAUGCAUGGUAAUGCAAGGCCGUAGCAAGCGGUCAGGCUGGUCAGGUUUUGGCCGGACCACUUUUUGGAGCUAAGUAUAGCUCCCCUCACAUCAUGCAAGCCCCCUGAUCCCCGCACCCACCGAGGUAAGCCACCCCCUCCAACAGUGAAGGCCCCCACUCCACACACCCCUCCACACCCUCACACAAUUAACUUCUCAUCCCUCUCUCUCCACCAGGGCAACUGACAGAGGAGCGGAGUGCAUGUGAGGAGAUAUCAUGAUGGACAUAACAUACGCCUGUAACGAUAGUAUGAGCAGAACAAUUACGGUUAGAUACUUGUCUCUCGUGUUUUAAGAGACCUCCCUUGCAGAAUCUACUGGUGCAAUGGUGACUAUAAUUAUUAUACUAUCUGGUCCGGAACAAUAAAUUGGAAGUGUGUUUCUCACGAAAAUUAUAAUUCUUUCUCACUCAAUUUUUCAAAUAUUGAAGCAAGUAAGUAUUAUUGCCUCUUGCAAUGCAAUGCAAUGCAAUGUAGUGCAUUCCAGCACAUUACUAUUAUCCAUUGAAAGUUAAUAUUAAUGGUGUACUCAUUUGCAAGCAAGCACCAUCUGCACGAUAUCAGUGAAUGUGUACUUGGAGUACAAGCAAAGAACCACGUCCCGUAACGUGAACACCAUUAUAGGAUCUAUGUCACUACAAUACCAAAUUUAAAAUGCCUAGCUUCCAUCUACCGGUAUUAUUAUGAUUUUUAUCGUACUGUACAGAAAUGAUAUCGAUUUUAUCAAGGAAAGCUAAUUGAUCUGUUUUUGGUCGUAUGUGAUGCCAUGCAUAGCUAGUAGUGGUGUUGCUUGUUUUAUACAUCUGUUCACAGCUUCCUUAUUUCCUACUGAGUAGGGGUCAAAGUUCAAAUGUGUAGAUCGCUUGAAAGGACCU